UUUCCUUUCUGGUCAAAAAUCCGCGGCAGGCUCCUUCCGCUGACCAGACUGGCUUUGCGAGCGAAUCCGGCUAAUAAAUCUAGUCUCUGCUCCCUACAUCGUUUAUGGCUUCCGGCAGCAGCGUCGCCCAGACAUGGAUUUCGGCCUUUCCCACUCCAAGCCCCAGCCGCCCCCUCCGUGAUCCGCAACGCGCCGAUGAUGAAGGCAUCGAAAUUCACGGGGGCUCCGCCGGAGGCGGUGGCGGCGAGUUUUCUUUUUCCAUUGGGGACGGCGUAGCGGAGGCGGGCGUCUUCCUUACUUGGAAGGAUCUCUCGGUCUCCGUCGCCGCUCGCAGAGUCGGUGCCGUCUCCAUCCUCCACGACGUCACCGGCUAUGCCAACCCCGGCGAGAUCUUGGCUAUCAUGGGACCUUCCGGAUGCGGAAAGUCAACCCUUCUCGAUGCAUUAGCAGGCAGGUUGGGUUCCGGCAUGACUCAGAAAGGAGAUAUCUUGAUCAAUGGCCAGAAACAGAAGCUUGCCUUUGGAACGUCGGCUUAUGUGACCCAAGACGACGUGCUGAUGACGACGCUGACGGUGAGGGAGGCCGUCUGCUACUCGGCGCAGCUCCAGCUGCCGGACUCCAUGUCGACGUCUGCGAAGCGCGCGAGGGCGGAGGCGACGAUGAGGGAGAUGGGAUUGGCGGCCGCCAUGGACACUAGAAUCGGCGGGUGGCACGUCAAAGGCAUCAGCGGCGGUCAGCGGCGGCGCGUCAGCAUCUGCGUCGAGCUCCUCACCCGGCCGCCGCUCCUCUUCCUCGACGAGCCCACCAGCGGCCUCGACAGCGCCGCCGCCUAUCACGUCGUCCACCGGAUCACGCGUCUCGCCCGCCGCGAGAGGAUGACGGUCGUCGCCGCAGUCCACCAGCCCGGUAGCGAGGUGUUCGACCUUUUCGAUCGCCUCUGCCUCCUCGCCUAUGGUAGCACCGUCUUCUUCGGCCCUGCUCCGGCGGCUGCCGAGUUCUUUACUUCCAAUGGUUUCGCUUGCCCUUUUCUGCGCAAUCCUUCGGAUCAUUAUCUCAGAACAAUCAACAAAGACUUCGAUACAGAAGAAGAGGAACUCGAGCCGAACUCAAGAAGCGCUUCUGAAGCUAUUGAAAUCCUCGUAAAAGCUUACAGAUCAUCCCUCAACUCACAGCAAGUGAUAGAACAGAUUGCAAAAAUCAAAGAUCAGAGAGGAGCCUUGGUGAAGAAGAGGAGUCAAGCAAGCUUCACGACUCAGUCACUGGUGCUCACAAGAAGAUCCUUUGUGAACAUGUACAGAGACUUGGGCUACUACUGGUUGAGAUUUGCAGUUUAUAUCGCCCUCUGCCUCUGUUUGGGCACAAUAUUUUAUGAUGUAGGCCACAGUUUUGGAUCAAUCCAGGCCAGAGUCUCUAUGCUCAUGUUCAUAGCUGCCUUCUUAACUUUCAUGGCGAUUGGUGGUUUCCCUUCCUUUGUAGAGGACAUGAAGAUAUUUGGAAGAGAAAGAUUGAACGGGCACUACGGCGCAACUGCCUUCACCAUCGCCAACACCCUCUCCGCAGCACCAUACUUGGCCCUCAUCUCCGUGAUCCCGGGCGCGUUGGCCUACUACUUAGUCGGCCUGAGGAGUUCGCCGGAGCACUUCCUCUACUUCGUGCUCGUGCUGUUCAUGUGCAUGAUGCUUGUCGAGGGCUUGAUGAUGAUCGUGGCGAGCGUCGUCCCGGACUUCCUGAUGGGGAUCAUCACCGGAGCAGGGAUUCAGGGAGUGAUGAUGCUCAACGGGGGGUUCUUCCGGCUGCCCAACGACUUGCCUAAGCCAGUGUGGAGGUACCCCGUGUACUACAUCUCGUUCCACAAGUAUGCAAACCAGGGAUUCUACAAGAAUGAGUUCUUGGGGAUGGUCUUCCCUAGCGCCGGGGGGAAUGGCACCGUCACAGGGGAGGAGGUUUUGAGGGACGUUUGGCAGGUGGAGAUGGGAUAUUCCAAGUGGGUCGACCUUGGGAUCUUGUUCGGCAUGGCCGUGCUCUACAGGUUGAUGUUCUUGGGUAUAGUGAAGUUGGCCGAGAAGGUUAAGCCUAAGAUUAAGUCUCUAAUGGCGAUGCCUCCCGAGAUGGAGAAUCAUGUUGGGGUAUAGUCUGCUAAAAUUGUUGUAUAUCAAAUCGUAUCUUAACGAAAUCAAACUAUUCAUAUGUUUUA